UAUUUAUGAAAUAUCCUAAGUUCCAUUUUAAAUCGUAUCAAAAUAUAAACGGAAAAUGUAUUGCCGAAGAAAAUGCUUAUCGGCAACACAAGCGUUUUUUAAAUCUUUUAUUUGUUUUUAGAAGUCAGGAUUUAGAGUACCCUGAAACGGCGUUGUCAGUUUGUUUUCGAUCUAUCUUUCGUCCCUCUUUUUCAACACCUUACUAUAGUUUUUUGGGGUACACAUUGAAUAAUAUGUACAAGACUAUUCAUUUUGUUUUUCUAAUUGCGUAUUUAUCAUAUAAGAAUAUAGUUACUGAAAAAAGGCUACUCACGCUCACAAUUGUACUAACUUUUAACACACGUGAUUGUGUGUCCGCAUAGUGGUCAUCUAUUGGUGUUUAUAUUGGAUAAACAGGUUUGUGUUUUAAAUAUAUGAUAUUUCGGAUUGGUCAAUAUUUGUCGCAUUGCGUAAAUAUAUUGAGUAUGAUAUUUGUUAUGUAAAUAGCACGGGAUUUUUAAAGCGCGAAUAGUUGUCUUGUUUAAGUAACUUAAGAUAUGUGGUCAUUCGAAGCUCGUAUACCGUUCAUUAAGGCAGCUUAGUUUAGGUUAAGAUAUGUCCGAACCAGUACUCGAUCUGAAUGAAGAAGAUUUGUUAAGGGACCCCUUACAUGGUCAGCCCGAACGUCUUAACGCUUCCAAUUCACAAGCUAAUCAACAAAACCGUGACUUAGUAGACACUUUUGGACUUUUUAAAGACUAUUUGGAUAAGAAACUUGUUGAUUUAAAGUCCGACAUUCUGUCAGAACAAGACAAUUUAUCCAAGAAAUACAGAGAUGAGGCUAAUAUUAAGUUCAAAUCAGAAGGGAAUCGGAUUCAGUUUCGUUUUAAUGAGAACAUUAUGGAUGGUCUUAACAAAAUCCACAAGGAUCUUGUAUCUGUUGCUUCCCCCCUUUCUUCUAUUACUGGUGAUUUGGUGGGUAAACUUAAAGAAAGGAACAAACUCAUCAGGAUCGCUGAUAACUCAACUGGGGGAUGGGUUACGGUUAGAGAAUAUGAAAAUAACGAUAUCGCCGAAAAUGAUGAGGUCGAGAAAAAGAUUCGCCAGGCCGAGACUAGAGCCCUCAAAACUAUUAAGGAGAAAAAGACCCGCCCUCAGCCGUAUACAGCUAGACCUACUCCAGCAGUUGGAAGUAUCGCUACUGCCACUGCUCCUCCUCCAGCUUACGAUUUCAGUCGCUAUCAACAGCCCUUUCGUACCAGCACUGCACGGCUUGAGCCGUGCCCCAUGGACAUCUGUCACUACUGCAAGCAGUAUGGUCACUGGAGAAGGAACUGCCCACUCAACUUCAAGUCAGCCACAGCUUCUGCACCCAGUUACCAGCCAUCCAAACAGCAAUGAUACAGUUACUGUUAAUGAUAAGUAUCUAGAUAUAAGUUUGUUAUCUUCUAGCUAUGAAUGCAAUAACGACGAACUUGACGAAUUUAUGUCACAAGUUCAAUUUCUUGAAAAAUUAGAUUUUUCUGCUAGUCAUAACUUUAAAGGUGUUAAAGGCAGGCUUGCAAAACAUUACGAUUUUUGGGUUAAGAUUGGAGCUAGUGAUUUUGUUUUUGAUACAAUUAAAAACGGUUAUGUAAUCCCAUUUUUAGUGCCUCCCCCUAGUAUGCACAUGAAAAACAAUAAAUCUGCUGUUUCUAACUCAGAAUUUGUGGAUAAAGCCGUUUUAGAACUAGUUGAUUCUGGGUGUGCAUAUGAAAUUCCCUUUACGCCUUAUAUUGUUAAUCCUUUAUCAGUAGCCACCAAUAAGUCCGGAAAAAAGAGGUUAAUAUUGGAUCUUUCAAUUUUAAAUAAAUCCGUCAAAAAAGAGAGAUUUAAAUUUGAAGACUGGAAAACACCUAUUCAAUUUUUCAAAAGAGGUUCUUAUCUGUUUAAGUUCGAUUUAAAGUCUUGUUAUCAUCAUUACGACAUUUGUCCUCAGCAACAAACGUUUCUUGGUUUUUCCUGGAAUAACAAGUAUUACUGUUUUUCAGUUUUAGUUUUUGGUCUAGCUUCUAGCCCUUACUUGUUUACCAAAUGUUUGAGAUCUAUGGUCAAAUAUUGGAGACAAAAUUCGAUUGAUAUUGUUUUGUAUUUAGAUGAUGUUUUCGGAAUGGCUUCGGAUUACGAAUUAUGUCGGAAAGAUUCAGAUUUUGUCAAAAAAUCACUAAAAGAGACUGGUUUUUUAGUCAAUAUAGAAAAAUCUGUUUUUGAACCUACCCAAAAGUUAGAAUGGUUAGGAAUCACUUGGGAUUCUGCUCAAUUCUGCAUUUCUAUUCCCGAAAGAAGAUUAAAUGAUUUGUUACAGUCUAUAGAUGAAAUUUUAGACAGAUUUUUGUUUUUCUCUGCUAGGCAAUUAGCUCAAGUGACUGGUAAGAUUAUUUCUUUAUCACCAGUGUUCGGAAAUUUGACUAGAUUGAUGACAAGAUAUUGUUACUUGUGCAUCGUGCAAAGAUUGAGCUGGAAUAAAUUAUUACAAAUAGUUUAUCCAGCUGAGAUUUUGAAUGAGCUUAAGUUCUGGAAAUCUAAUGUGCUUACUUUGAAUAAAAAGAAAUUGGCUAUGUACAGCCCUUCUUCGAUAGUAAUUUUUUCAGAUGCUAGUAAUGUAGCCUGUGGGGCUUAUACUGUAGAAUUAGAAAAUAAUAUUUUUCACAAAAUGUGGAACGAAUUAGAAAGAUGUAAAAGCUCCACCUGGAGAGAGAUGAGAGCAAUCGAACAGGCCCUAUUGUCGUUUAGUACUCUAUUUAUGGGCAAAAGUUUAAAAUGGUUUACUGAUAACCAAAACUGUGUACGUAUAGUACAAGCUAGAAGCAUGAAGGAAGAUUUACAAAAUCUUGCCUAUUCUAUAUUUUGUAUUUGUAAAGAGCACAAUAUAUUCAUUGAAUUACAAUGGAUUCCCCGCACAUUGAAUUCAAAGGCAGAUUACAUUAGCAAAAUGAGUGAUCAUGAGGAUUGGCAAAUUUCAAAUAAAUUUUUUGAAUUUUUAGAAAGUUUAUGGGGACUUUUUACUGUUGACAGGUUUGCUAGCGUGAUGAAUAACAAGACAAAAAGGUUUAACUCACUUUUCUGGAAUCCGACCGCAGAAGCUGUAGAUGCAUUUACAAAAAAUUGGCAUGAAGAAAAUAAUUGGCUUGUCCCCCUAUUUAUUUAGUUAUACGCACAAUUAAACAUCUGAUUUACUGUAAUGCUAAAGGGUCUUUGAUUGUCCCACGAUGGGUGUCUGCGCCAUUCUGGUCAUAUAUUUUUAAUAAAAACUUGACUUACAAAGCUUAUGUUAAAGAUAUGCUAGAAUUUAAAGAAACGAAUAGAAUCUAUUCAAAAGGAAGUAGUCCGAAGUGUAUCUUUGGAACUGAAAAAUUUUUAUCAACUGUUCUCGCAGUUAGACUAGACGCUAGUCUGUGAUUUUUUCACAUGGUCCUGAUAUCAAUUUCGGUAUUGCAGAGGCAUGGUGAAUGAGAUUUUACGUUGUACAUAUUACUCAGUUGAGAAUGUAAAAGAUGAAGGAUUUUUAGCGACAUGGCCCUAGUAUCAUAUGUUGUAGUAUGAUAUUGUAGUAGGCACGGUUGAUUGUUUAAUGUCAUAUGCAUUUUAUUAUAAUAAUUUAUAUGAAUACUUGUUUAAUUUUCCUUUAUUGGGUAACACAUUUUUCAGAUGUUUUCAAAACCGGAAGAUGGAUUGAUAUUAGUUCUUUUCGUCAGUCACAAUCUCCAUCCAUGCAGCUCCUUGUAGACCAGAUACCUUCCUUUUGUUUGUCAUCUAGAGCACCCAACACUCAACGACAGUAUAGAUAUGUUUUCAACGCUUUUUGCUGUCGUGUACUACGCAGCGGUGUUGCCGAUAUCAUGACAUCGGGACUCAAUAUUUUGUUUUAAUAAAAUUUAACAGUAAGCUGCACAUGCUGGCGAGCUAUUCCUAUGUAACAA